AUGAGCACCCGCGCUAAGGACCCUGACACUAAGUGCCAUCUCUUCAGGUUGCCGCCUGAGCUCCGUGUUGUUAUCUACGAUCUCGUCCUUGAGAAUCUGGGCUUCGCGGGUCUGGACGAAGACGUCUUGGAGGAGGAAGAGUCAGACGACGGCGACCAUUUGGAAGAAGAAGACGAGGCAGAGUCUGUCGGCACCAGCGAAGGCGUUGACGGCGUCGAAGGGAUAGAUAUCGAGUUGGGAGAGGAAAGCGAGGAGAACGACGAUGAAGAUGAGACCCCCAGAUACAGUCCCCGUCUCAGCCGCCCACCGCUCCUCGACGUAUGCAAACUCGUCCGUCGAGAAGCGGCGCCGAUGUACAACUCCCGCCUCACACUCAUCGCCAUCGAAAUCCUGGAAGAGAGCGCACGAGUCCUGGGCGCGGAAUUGGAUGUGGAUGACGGUUAUGAGGAUUCCAAGUGGCUAGCAGAAGUCUUGCUGGACGAUGUGUCUGGGCUAUGGUUCGGACUCGCAGGUGCGUGGAUGCCAUGGAGGAGGAGAUGA